CAAUUCUCCAUCUGUCUAGACUGGGUCUCCGUUCGUGUGCCCAUGUGCCUGGGGUCGUGUGCAGGAAGAGGGUUGGGUGAGCUCCGAAUGCUGACGUCUUAAUGGAUCCGACCCCAACUGUCACACGUCGCCCUGCAUCUUCCAUGUUUGCCUGCUUCCAUAUUCCACAAACCAACCAUCCAUUCCCUCUCGUUUGAUUCUGUCAACAUGUCUGCUCUUUACCUCCAAGUGUUCCACAACAACCUUCUGUUGCAGCUUUGACUCUGUGGCUAGCAUUACAUGAUGAGCUACACUGUGGACUAUUCCAGCCGGUGAACUAAACAAGACGACUCGCACCUUACGAGUCCCCAACGAUGCGCUUCUCCUCCUCUACCUUGGCAGCUUUGGCCGCAAUCUGCUCUAUUCCUGUCGCAUCGUCCUCCGUUGCAACUCCUCUUCACGAAGCCGGCCGAUGUGCAAUCCGCGGUCAUUGCGGCAAACAGGGUUUCUUUGGAUCUGAUCUACCAUGUCCCGACAAUGGAAAGGCGUCGCCUCCCUCCGAUGAUCUACGCGAAAAGCUAGUCGAUCUCUGUGGUGCAAAAUGGGGAGAUACCGAUGUAUGUUGUGAAGAGGAGCAGGUGGACACUCUGAAAAAGAACCUCAAUCUCGCAGAGAGAAUCAUCGCGUCAUGUCCAGCUUGCAAGGAAAACUUCUUCAACCUCUUCUGCACUUUCACUUGCUCGCCCGACCAGUCCUUGUUCAUCAAUAUCACAGAUACCGGCAAAGCUACGAACGGGAAAGAAAUCGUCACCGAACUCGAUAACACUUGGUCGAAAGACUACCAAAGCGGUUUCUACGACAGUUGCAAAGAGGUCAAGAAUGGCGCCAGCGGUGGCAAAGCGAUGGCAUUCAUCGGCGGCGGUGCUGAAAAUUAUACCGAAUUCUUGAAGUUCCUGGGCGACAAGAAGCUGCUUGGAAGUCCGUUUCAGAUCAAUUUCUUGGAAGAGCCGCGAUAUGAUGAUACCCAGGGCAUGAAGCCCGCGGACCCUCGUGUCUAUGCUUGCAACGAUACGGAUCCCAACUACCGGUGCAGCUGUGUCGAUUGUCCGGCGGUGUGUCCAACUUUGGAACCAGUUAGUUCGGCGGAAACUUGCCAUGUAGGAAAGCUCCCGUGUCUGUCUUUCGCGGUGAUCAUUGUCUACUCGAUCGCCUUAUUACUACUCAUCACCGCCAUCUCUGGCCAUGUGGCAUACAGACGGCACAAGCAAUGGAAGAGCGAGAGAUUGCAACUUCUGCAGGAUUCUGCACCCAGUGACGAUGAGGACGAGGGCGAUCUGGUGCAUAACGCGGGCCUCUUAGAGAGACCGCAGCGGAAUUACUACUUGAAUCAGAUCUUCGAUCGAGCGUUCAGCAAGCUUGGGGGGUUCUGCGCUAGAUACCCGGGACUAACGAUCGGCACGAAUAUUGUGGUCAUUGGUCUGCUCAGCUUGGGUUGGUUACGAUUCGAAGUCGAGAGAGAUCCUGUGCGUCUGUGGGUCAGCCCGAGCUCCGAUGCUGCUCAAGAGAAGGCCUUCUUUGACGCGAACUUCGGUCCGUUCUACAGAACCGAACAGGCCUUCUUGGUCAACGAUGGCUCGCCUAACAGCUCGGUUCUGACUUAUGAGAACCUUGAUUGGUGGUUCGACAUCGAAGAGCGCAUCUCGCGCAUGAUGACUCCGGAGAAUGGCGUCACUCUCAAGGACGUCUGCUUCAAGCCUACAGGUUCGGCUUGCGUUGUCCAGUCAGUCAGUGGCUGGUUUGGAGCUGGUUUGACUGGCGAUUGGAAAGAUCAAAUCGAGCUCUGCGCGGCGCAUCCUGGCGACCAGAGAUGUCUGCCGGAAUUUAUGGACCCUCUUCAGCCUGGGCGCAUCCUUGGAGGCUAUAAAGAUAUUGACGAGGUCACAAGCGCAAAGGCAAUGAUCACGACUUGGGUGGUCAACAAUCACCAGCCUGGGACGGAAGGCGAAGCCAGAGCCGAAGAGUGGGAGCGCGCCUUGAAGCACGAACUGCUCAUUUACCAAGAAGCCGCCAAGACUCGAGGCUUGAGGUUAUCCUUCAAUACAGAAAUCAGUCUUGAAGAGGAACUGAACAAGUCAACCAACACGGAUGCGAAGAUCGUGGCGAUCAGCUAUGUUGUCAUGUUCAUCUACGCUUCAUUUGCUCUAGGAUCGGCAAGCUUGUCGUUCAAGUCACUCCUCAGCAACCCGUCGAACGCCCUAGUCCAGUCGAAGUUCACUCUCGGCGUGGUCGGCAUCAUUAUUGUCCUCAUGUCAGUCUCCGGAUCCGUGGGUCUAUUCUCUGCUGCCGGGGUCAAGGUCACAUUGAUCAUCGCGGAGGUCAUUCCCUUCCUUGUUCUGGCCGUCGGCGUGGACAACAUCUUCCUCAUCGUCCAUGAGUUUGAGCGUGUCAACGUCAGUCAUCCAGAUGAGGAGAUCUACCAGCGUGUCGCCAAAGCUCUCGGACGUAUGGGCCCGAGUAUUCUCCUCUCGGCGUCCACCGAGACAAUCGCGUUCGCGAUGGGCGCCUUUGUUGGUAUGCCCGCGGUCAAAAAUUUCGCCGCGUACGCCGCUGGUGCAGUCUUUAUCAACGCAUGCCUGCAAGUCACAAUGUUCAUGUCCGUCCUGGCGCUCAAUCAACGACGCGUCGAGAGUCUCCGGGCUGAUUGUUUCCCGUGCGUCACUGUUCGUGGCGCCAACUCCGUCAGCAUGCCCGGCGGCCACUUCUUCGGUUCAGAUGAAGAGGGUUGGCUGCAGAGAUUUAUUCGCAAGGUCUACGCACCGCGCCUGCUCGAUAAGAAGGUUAAGACGUUCGUCGUGGCAUUCUUUGUCAGUUUGUUCGCCGCAGCUAUCGCUCUGUUGCCCGAGGUCCAGCUUGGCCUCGAUCAAAGAUAUGCGCUGCCGAGCGAUAGCUAUAUGAUUCCGUACUUCAACGACUUGUACGCGUACUUCGGUUCCGGUCCGCCGGUGUACUUUGUCACGCGCGAUGUCAAUGUGACGCAGCGAGAGCAUCAGCAGCAACUCUGCGGUCGGUUUACGACGUGCAAUGAAUAUUCGCUGUCUUAUAUCCUCGAGCAGGAAUCCAAGCGACCGGACGUGAGCUAUAUCAACGCCGCGACGGCGAGCUGGGUGGAUGAUUUCUUCUACUGGCUCAAUCCGAUCAGUGACUGCUGUACCGAGGAGGAUGGCAAUACGUGCUUCAAGGAAGGCGAGUGGAACAUAACGCUGAGUGGUAUGCCGGAGGGCGCCGAGUUCGUGAGGUAUGCGCAAAAAUGGAUCCACGCGCCGACGGACGAGGAGUGUCCCAACGGGGGACAGGCGGCCUACAGUAAUGCGGUUGUCAUCGAUGCGAACAAUACCGAUAUCCCCGCGAGCCAUUUCCGAACAUUCCACACCCCGUUGAAGGGCCAGCGAGAUUUCAUUCAGAGUUACGCCGCUGCAAGACGGAUUGCGAAAGAAGUGAGUGACAAGAACGACGGGAUUGAUGUCUUUGCGUAUUCAAAGCAUUACAUCUUCUUUGAUCAGUAUGGAAGUAUAGUGCGCCUGACGGCGACGCUGGUCGGUGUGGCGGUAGCGAUCAUUUUUGCGUUGAGUAGUAGUUUGCUGGGCAGUCUGGCCACAGGCGCCGUGGUCAGUGUGAGCGUGGUCAUGAUCGUUGUGGAUGUGCUGGGUGUGAUGGCGCUCGUGGGCGUGAGUCUGAACGCGGUUAGCUUGGUUAAUCUGGUGAUUUGCGUGGGCAUCGGCGUCGAGUUUUGCGCGCAUAUUGCUCGGGCGUUUAUGUUUCCGUCCAAAAGUGUGAUGGAGCGGGCCAGGAAUAAGUUCCGUGGAAGGGAUGUCCGGGCGUGGACGGCGCUGGUGAAUGUCGGUGGCAGCGUGUUCAGUGGCAUUGGCGUUACCAAGUUCCUGGGCGUCGUCGUGCUGGCGUUCACGAGGAGCAAGAUCUUUGAGGUUUAUUACUUCCGCGUCUGGUUGGCGCUGGUGGUGCUGGCGAGUGCGCAUGCCUUGAUCUGGUUGCCCGUGGCCUUGAGCUUUGCCGGUGGCGAUGGCUAUAUCGACCCGGAAAGCGAAGGUGGUCUGGAAGAAGAUCUGGCUAGUAGGAGGUAUAGGAGUCUCUUGCCCGAUGACGAUUAUGACUCGGAUGAGUAGGAUGGAAAAAAGCGGAAGCGUCUUUCUUCUUUGUCUGUUGCGGUUGGGCGAGUGAAUGAAAGCCACAAAACAGGCAGAGCAGGUUGACAAUGGGGAUCAGACGCUUGCAAUGUGAACAAAGUGCAACCAACUGCAAGAGAAAAUAGAAUCGAGUUAGGAAAUGUCAUUCGUUGAGCUACUGGUAGAGGAUAUCACUUGCAAAGGCUGUCUGGGCUUGAGGCAGCAAAGCCUGAUCGGUUUAACUUGGACUGCUGGGAAUGGUUCAUUUCGUGGCUUGUGUUGUGGCCGCUCGAUACGUCAGGAAGAUGGUGGUG